AUGGCCCCUGGAACAUGUGCGUGCUGCAGUAACUGGUAUAGGAGGCACGCAGGUUCCUUUGCAAAGUGCACAAACACUGAUGGUGGAGGGACCAGAAAAUCAUACUGCUGUAUUGAAACCUUAUGUUUUGCAAGUUCCCUGCACACUGUGGGGAAGAGACUUGUUAAGUCAGUGGAAUAUGACACUCAUCACAACUUUACCAAAUUUAGUGUAAGGGUUGCUGAUCUAAAGGCCCAACUCAGACUGAUGUGGCUUACGACUAAUCCAGUUUGGGUUGAUCAGUGGCCCCUAAAAGGGGAAAAAUUGUCCAAGGCAGAAGAAUUAGUUACAGAGCAAUUGCAAUUGGGACACAUUGUGCCAUCUACUAGUCCUUGGAAUACUAUUUUUGUGAUACCAAAGAAAUCUGGAAAAUGGAGAUUGUUACAGGAUUUACGAAUGAUUAAUGCUGUAAUGCAACCUAUGGGACCAUUACAACCUGGUGUUCCAAAUCCUACCUUGAUUCUGGCAGAUUUGCCUUUAUAUAUAAUUGACUUAAAGGACUGUUUUUUCACCUUUCCUUUGCAUCCCGAUGAUUGUCACCAUUCUGCCUUUUCAGUACUCUCUGCCAAUAAUCAGGCCCCAGUGAAGCGUUAUGAGUGGGCUGUGUUUCCACAAGGCAUGACCAAUAGUCCCACUGUUUGUCAACUUGUGGUAGCGACUGCUGUUGAACCCACCCGAUGUGCUUAUCCACAGGCACAUAUUUAUCAUUCCAUGGAUGAUAUUCUUUUAGCUGCUGAGCAACAGGCUGAUGUCUUGGCAGCUAUGAAUCAUUUGUGGAACUCAUCAGACAUUUAUGGGUUGCAGGUUGCACCUGACAAGAUUCAAUCCGAACCUCCAUGGAAAUAUUUAGGGUGGACAUUAUUAGAACGUAUCAUUGUUCCUCAAAAUCAUAAGCUUUUGCAUUCUUCACCAAAUUUAGAACUACAGCCUGAAGCGAUAGUGUCACCUGUACCUUUGCAAGGAGGGAAAACCAUCUUUAUUGAUGGCUCAGGAAAAACUGGUAAAGCUGCAGUAGUAUGGCAGGAUGUUGUUGAUUGGAAAGCCUCUGUCAUAACUGUCGAAGGUUCCGUGCAGGAGGUCCGAAAUCAAAAGCUUUUCCAAUUGUUUAUUGACAUAGCAGUUGAAAUUCGAAAUCGAAAACACAAUAUUUUCAUUAUGCACAUUCAUUCUCACACGUCACUGCCUGGCCCCAUAACAGAGGGGAACAGAAGGGCUGAUGCAUUAACCGUGCCCAUUUUCCAAACACAAAGAUUUGAACGUGCCAGAAUAUCACACUCCUUUUUUCAUCAAAAUGCAACUAGUUUACAAAAGGAAUUCAGUAUCACAAAGUCUCAGGCUCAUGAUAUAGUUCGUGCCUGUGCAGGUUGUCAACAGUAUGUCAUACUCCCUACCACUGAAGGUGUAAAUGUUCGAGGACUGGCUCCUGAUGAAAUAUGGCAAACUGAUGUUGCACAUCACAAUUCUUUUGGGAAAAUGAAGUACAUUCAUGUGACUGUUGAUAGUUUUUCUGGGUACAUUAUUGCACUGGCAGCAGCAGGGGAGAAGUCAAAGGAUGUUCGACGUCACUGGCUUCGCUGUUUUGCCAUUCUUGGUGUACCUAAGCAAAUUAAAACAGAUAAUGGCCCAGCUUAUAUUGCACAGGCUACAGCAUUAUUCCUACAACAAUGGAAUGUUAAGCAUGUCACUGGAAUUCCACAUUCCCCAACUGGUCAAGCGACUAUUGAAAGGGCACAUCAAAAUCUCAAGCACAUGCAGCUUAAACAAGAAAGGGGGAAUAGCCCAUCCCCACAGGAACAGCUUGACAAUGCUACAUAUACACUUAGUUUUUUGAAUCCAUCUUCUCAACAUUUACAUACAGCUGCCACGGAAAGACAUUUUCAAGGUACACCUCACUUUCAACAUGGGCCAAAGGUCUGGUAUCGUGACCUUCCUGGACCAUCAAUUUGGAAAGGUCCAGUAGAACUAAUUACUUUGCGAAGAGGCCCCGCCAGCCAGCACCGAGUGAUUCUCGGGGAGAACCUCCGAUCCCCGGAUCGAAGAGCUCUAAGCAAGACCCCAGGGAAG